ACAUCUCAAACCAGUUCAGAUGUUGCUGUUUCCUCAAGUUGCAGGUCUAUGGAAAUGCAGGAUCUAACCAGCCCGCAUAGCCGUCUGAGUGGUAGUAGUGAAUCCCCCAAACUCGAUAACUCUCAUAUAAAUAGUAAUUCCAUGACUCCCAAUGGCACCGAAGUUAAAACAGAGCCAAUGAGCAGCAGUGAAAUAGUUUCAACAACAGCAGACGGGUCUUUAGACAAUUUCUCAGGUUCAGCCAUUGGGAGCAGUAGCUUCAGCCCAAGACCAACUCACCAAUUCUCCCCACCACAGAUUUAUCCUUCCAACAGACCAUACCCACAUAUUCUCCCUACCCCUUCCUCACAAACUAUGGCUGCAUAUGGGCAGACCCAGUUUACCCCAGGGAUGCAACAAGCUACAGCCUAUGCCACGUACCCACAGCCGGGACAGCCCUACGGAAUUUCCUCCUAUGGUGCAUUGUGGGCAGGCAUCAAGACUGAAGGUGGAUUGUCACAGUCUCAGUCACCUGGACAGACAGGAUUUCUCAGCUAUGGCACAAGCUUUGGGACCCCUCAACCUGGACAGGCACCAUACAGCUAUCAGAUGCAAGGUAGCAGUUUUACAACAUCAUCAGGAUUAUAUACAGGAAAUAAUUCACUCACAAAUUCCUCUGGAUUUAACAGUUCACAGCAGGACUAUCCAUCCUAUGCUAGUUUCGGCCAGGGACAGUAUGCACAGUAUUAUAACAGCUCACCGUAUCCAGCACAUUACAUGACGAGUAGCAACAGCAGCCCAACGACACCGUCCACAAAUGCCACUUACCAGCUUCAAGAGCCGCCAUCUGGCAUCACCAGCCAAGCAGUAACAGAUCCCGCAGCAGAGUACAGUACAAUCCACAGCCCGUCAACACCCAUUAAAGAUUCAGAUUCCGAUCGAUUGCGUCGAGGUUCAGAUGGGAAGUCACGUGGACGGGGCCGAAGAAACAAUAAUCCUUCUCCUCCCCCGGAUUCUGAUCUUGAGAGGGUGUUCAUCUGGGACUUGGACGAGACAAUCAUUGUUUUCCACUCCUUGCUCACUGGGUCCUACGCCAACAGAUAUGGGAGGGAUCCACCUACUUCAGUGUCCCUUGGACUACGAAUGGAAGAAAUGAUCUUCAACUUGGCAGACACACAUUUAUUUUUUAACGACUUAGAGGAAUGUGACCAAGUUCAUAUAGAUGAUGUCUCUUCAGAUGACAAUGGACAAGACCUAAGCACAUAUAACUUUGGAACAGAUGGCUUUCCUGCUGCGGCAACCAGCGCUAAUUUAUGCUUGGCAACCGGUGUGCGGGGCGGUGUAGACUGGAUGAGAAAGUUGGCCUUCCGUUACAGACGAGUAAAAGAGAUCUACAAUACCUACAAAAAUAAUGUUGGAGGUCUGCUUGGUCCCGCCAAGAGGGAAGCCUGGUUGCAGCUGAGGGCCGAGAUCGAAGCCCUGACAGACUCCUGGUUGACACUGGCCCUGAAAGCUCUCACACUCAUUCACUCCCGGACGAACUGUGUGAAUAUUUUAGUAACAACUACACAGCUUAUCCCAGCAUUGGCAAAAGUCCUGCUAUAUGGGUUAGGAAUUGUAUUUCCGAUAGAAAAUAUCUACAGUGCAACUAAAAUAGGAAAGGAAAGCUGUUUUGAGAGGAUAAUUCAGAGGUUUGGAAGAAAAGUGGUGUAUGUUGUCAUAGGAGAUGGUGUGGAAGAGGAACAAGGGGCAAAAAAGCACGCCAUGCCCUUUUGGAGGGUCUCCAGUCACUCGGACCUCAUGGCCCUACAUCAUGCCUUGGAACUGGAGUACCUGUAA